ACAGAGGCAACAACAAGAACAAUUGAACCAGCAACAACCACAAUUGAGGCAAAAACAACCACAAUUGAACUAACAACUACCAAAAUUGCGCCAACUACUUCAACCACCAAUAAACCUAUGUCUACAACAGAGGCAAUAACAACAACAAUUGAAGCAACAACAACCACAAGUGAGGCCACAACAACUACUAUCACAACCAGAGCUAUUCUAGGCCCAACCACAAGAACUACAAGUACCUCAGCACCUGCCACAUCAACCAGAGCUUCAUCAGCCCGUACUACAACUAUCAGAACUACCCCAGUACCUACCACAAGCACUGCAACUACUCGAGACCCUACUACAACUACAACAACUCCCACCACAACAACCACCACAACUACAACUAGACGACCAUCUCGCCCAGCUCCUACAUUUGAGAUUCGGGCUGUCCUUUUCAUAGUAUUUGAGUCAGCGCUUACCAAUCCACAGAGUCCAGAGUUCCAGCAACAAGCAGCUGUGGUUGAAAAUGCAUGUGAUGUCAUCUAUCGACAACGCUUUGGAUUUCUGUUUGUGCGAACCAUUGUGAGAGCAUUCAGGCUGGCUACUAGAUACCGAGUGGACAACGUUGAGACAGAUAUUGACGUUGUGUUCAAUGAGAAUUCGAUUGAGCCCCUCCCUACAAGCUCUGCUGUUGUUGAAGCCCUGGCUACCGCUGUAAAUGACUCAAAUUUAGGCUUCAAUCUUUUUGUGGUGCCUGGAUCUAUCUUUAUGAGAAGUGAACCCAAAUCAGCAGCCAUUGUCCAGUUCCGUACCAAUGACACAUUUAUUGCUGACCUUUUGAAUUCCUCUUCGGUCGCCUUCAGUGAUAGAUCCUCACUUAUCAAAACAGAGCUAGAGCCAUUUUUCUUUGAAGACUACCAGCCAGAUUUCAUCAGCCUCACACCAACAAGAUUCAGCAAUGGAUCAAUUAUCCAUGAGGCGAACAUGACCAUAACCUCUGAUGCAACGUUCCCCAACGAUACACAGAUUAUAGCCACCCUGACUAGAGCUGCAUUGAGUGGAAACUUGUCAUUUACCAUCAUCUUCAUCGACGGCACAGCGGUGUCAGCGGGUGAAGUCAGCAGCAGUGUUAACCUCCUGAGUGCCUGUGGACUCACCAUCAUCUCGCUCCUUGUGGCUCAGCCCUGGUAGACUCAGAGAUCACUCACCUUUGACCUCGCCAAUGUGGACCGUCUCUGUGAAGAGGAAGCACAUUAUACAUGUACAUUAUUUUUAAUGAUUAAAGAGACCUGUAUUGUAAAAUGAUUGACAGACUGAAAGCUACCUAAAUCUAAAUAUAUUUAUAUAAAUAACGUUACUGAUGUGGUAGAUCCUGAAUGUUUUCCCAAUUACGUGGCUUGUGGUAACCACCCAGUAGGCCUGUGUGCUAAAGCUGUCGUUUGUUAUGAAGAAAGAAUAAGGAAUAAGCAGCCUGUACAUGUAGACGUGUUGGUCAGUAAUCAUAUAUGCAAUCAAGUAAAAUUCACUUUGAGCAUUUCUGUAUAAUGUAAUAUUAUGGUAGAAAAAUGUUUGUAAUAAAUCAUUUUUGAGGCUUGAAAAUGUUACUUCAAUGUCUUUCAAAUGGAUGUUGUAGCAUUUGUGGGAGAGUCAGGUGUACAAGUGUGUCAUAUUGCU